UCUAUUAUUUUGUCCUUCUUUUCUUUCUUUCUUUUUUCUUCUUUUUAUUGUAAAUGUCUAAUUACGGUUCUAUACCACAAAAACAACCCUAUUUAACAAAAGCUGAACAGGAUUUAUUACAAUCUGAUCGACCUGGAUAUGGUUCACGAACAAAGAUUGAAGUAGCUUUCAAUUUAGUGAAUGCAACUGUUGGUGCAGGCAUUAUCGGCCUUCCCUUUGCUAUAGCUCAUGCUGGUUUUUUUAUGGGCAUAAUAGCUUCUAUUAUCGUUGCUGUCCUUGCCCAAGUUGGCCUUUACAUGUUAAUCGUGUCAGGUCAGCGAGUAGGCAUCUAUAAAUAUGCUUUGUUAGUUGAAUAUUUAUUAGGGAGACCUGGUUAUUAUUUCUUAAAUUUCAUGAUUUGCGUCCAAGCAGGUGGUGGAGCAGUUAGUUAUUUUAUUCUUCUUGGCGAUAGUCUUCCGAUGCUAUUUCAACGUUACUUUCCUCAAUACCCCAUUUUAGGUGAUCGUACAUUUGUUCUAAUCUUUAUUGGCAUAGCCUGUAUUUUGCCUUUAAAUAUGGCAAGGUCUAUUGGAUCAUUAGCUCGUUGGUCAAUUAUUUCUGUUGCCUGUUUACCUAUCAUUCUCCUCACUAUCUUGAUCAGAGCUCCUGCAUAUGCCCCUAAAGAAAGUAUCCCACUUGAAUGGGUAGGAGCUGAUGUCUUUGGUGCUCUUGGUAUAAUGGCCUUUGCCUUUACUUGCCAUCAAGUAGCCUUUAAUAAUUUUCUGACACUCCGAGAUCAAUCAGCCAAUGGUUGGAGACAUACAACCACAUUAUCAACCUCUAUCAGUUGGGUCAUAUCAAUGACAUUUGCCAUUGUUGGCUAUUUGUGCUUUGGUUCAAAAGUCCAAUCAAAUCUUUUUAUGAAUUUUGAAAGUGAUGACCCAAUUAUUAAUAUGGGUCGAUUUGCAUUAGGUAUCAGCAUGAUACUAACCAUUCCAAUGGGUAUCUUUCCUACACGUGAGGCUAUUCAAAAAUCAUUAGGGUUUGAAACUGCUACAAAACAACCAACCAAUGUACAGCAUUAUACAGUAACCUUUGUUUUAUUUUUUGUAAUUUUAAGCUUAGCUGUGGCUGUAAAAUCAUUGGGUACAGUCUAUUCAGUUGUUGGCGGAUUCUCGGCAACCACCUUGGCCUACAUCUUACCUGCUGCUUCCUAUCUUGUGACUCGUAAAGAUUACUAUGAUCAUCAUCAUCAUAUAAAAACAGUGUCAUCUUCCUCUUCACCUAAUAAUAUUAUCAUCUAUCCUACUUUAACGGGGACAUCCACUUUAUUCAAUGAUGAAACUGAUGUAAAAUCAAGUCUUUGGGAAGAAACGAAUUCAAUUGCUUCCUCUUCUCGUCUUUUUGAUGAUGAUGUCUCUACUGUAGAUGGCAUAUUAGAUGACACUCCUAUUAGUAUGGGUGAUGUUGAUAAGGCCCUAAAACCUAGUUGGUGGCUAGAUAUAGCAGCUGGUUUGCUUAUUGUCUGGGGACUUACUGUUAUGAUUUUUUCACUUUCUAGUGCCUUAAUAGGCUAAUUAUUUAUUUUAUUUUUAUUCUUCUUUUAUAUAGCAUAUUUCUUUUAUUUAUUUUUAUUCUUUUUUUUUUUUCAUCAAUUUUAUACACAUUUAAAC